UAUUGAUCCACGCGCGUUUCGGCCGACGAUCGGACGGUAGAGUGCCACGGACGUCGGGCCGCACGCCGCCCGUAAAUAAUCGUUCGGUGCGCCGUAGCCAACGAAUUUAAAACGCAGAUAAAGGCAUCCCUUUAGCAUUCAGGGGGUAGCAGCGUGCCCAAAGAUGGUCGGCGGAGUGACAGAGGGAGGACCUCUCAUUCGACCUGUCGAGCCCGUCUCGACGGCGACGCUGGUGACGUUAUGCAUCGGUGCUGCUUUCCUAUUAUGCGCCGUCGCGAUGACCUGGUGGCUUUGUCGACGACGUCGCGAGCACACCAAACUAAGUUCCGACAAGUCCCUGGCGUUCAGACCACCGCAUCGAAAACCGACAGCAGUUAAGAGUCCUGGCAGCACGAGCCAUUACUUGAAGAAGAGUCCUUCGCCAACGGGCCCAGCUAAGAGUCCACCUGGCUCUGGUGGACAAACACCGAGCCCGACAGGAUCUCAGUCCUCAAACCCGGCGUCUCAACCCAGAACGCCCCAAAGCGCAGGUACACCGGUACAGACACCACCUGUCGAGGUUGCUGUAAGUAUAGAAAACGAGCGUGACAAGGCUGAACUAGAAAAUAACGAAAAGGUUGAACGCGAAAAGAGUCAAACAGCUGAGAACGACAAGGAUAAUUUAGGUCAACUAGUUUUUAAACUGCGAUAUCGAAGCGAACAGAACGCGCUCGCAGUCACUGUGGUAAAAUGCAAAGGGCUACCAGCCAGAGGUCAGCAGAACGCUACCAGUGAUCCUUAUGUGAAAUUACAAUUAUUGCCUGACAAACAGCACCACGUGAAAACUAGAGUUCUUAGAAAUACCAGGGACCCAGUGUACGAUGAAGAUUUCACAUUUUUUGGCAUAUCACAAAGUCAACUUCAGAAAAUUAGCUUACACUUUAUUGUGCUGAGUUUCGAUAGAUACUCACGUGACGAUAUCAUUGGAGAACUAACAUGUGCUCUAUCAUCAGUGCCCGGUUUAGAAGAUGCGGACAAUCAGGAAAUAUCUUUAUGUCGAAAAAUAUAUCCCAGGAGUUUAAAGAUACAAUCACAAGGAAGAGGAGAACUUCUGGUUUCUCUUUGCUGGCAACCUGUUACCAGCCGACUGACAGUGGUAGUAUUGAAAGCACGAAAUCUACCCAAGAUGGAUGUAACUGGGCUCGCUGACCCGUAUGUGAAAAUCUAUCUUCUUUACAAUCAGCAACGUAUCGCUAAGAAGAAGACGCACGUAAAGAAACGCACGCUCAGUCCGGUAUUUAACGAGUCCUUUGUCUUUGAUAUACCAAAUGGUGCGGAUGGACUCAAUAAUGUCAGCCUUGAGUUUAUGUUACUGGAUUGGGAUCGAGUCACGAAAAACGAGGUAAUUGGCCGACUAGAGUUUGGUGGACCAAAAUGUCAAGGCUCCGCUGUGAAUCAUUGGAAAGAGGUAUGCAGUUCACCGCGACGACAGAUAGCCGAUUGGCAUAAAUUGCGGGAGUAACCGGUCUUUGACUCUGUGCGUCAGUCCGAAUUCCCAAUUCUCCAAUUUCCCUAGACUCCUAUAUCCUUCUCCACUGAAGCCGAUUCAAUCCUUGAAAUCCUACAAAAUAGGACAUCUGUUUUAUAAACCUAAUACUCGAUGUAUAUUAGGCUUUAAAAGAAACAGUUCUAUCCGUAAUCGUGGUCAUUAUGAAAAGACAUUAAAUGUACUAAAUAUAUAAACAUUCAAAAUUCUUAUUUAUAAAUUAUAUAAAUGAUAAUUCAAAUAUUAAUAAGAUAAUAUCAAUAAUAUCAAAAAAAACUAGAAUUUUAACACUGUUUCUCUGUUUGGGCAUAUCAAAAUUAAUUUUUAUUUGUGAAACGCUAUAACUGCAUAAGUAUCAUUCAUAACGAUUCUAAAUUCUUCGACUUUUAUAUUUUUAAAAAUGAAAAAUAUUUAAGUAAUAUAACAAAGUAAAAAUA